CCAACCAUUACCCGCGUUCAGAUGCUCCUGCGGACCACGUUACCGCCUCCCAGCUCCCCAAACCCGCGUCCUCUCUCCCAAUUUGUCGCUGUCUCCAACGUUCUCGAUUUUAAUCGCGAAUUCUGCGGCGGAAUUCAAUCCCCAAAGGAACCCAGUUCUCUUUCUCCUUCGGCCUCUUUGCCCUUCAUCCUCCCCCCUCUCUCUCACCCGCCAUUGAAUUCGAGGGAGGAGAGAGAGAGAAACCCUAGAAGCGACGAUCAAUGGAUCUCAAAGGUCGAUUCUUGCUCCAGGUGCUUGUCUUUGUGCUAGCGGCUGGCCUCGCCGCCUCGACCGCCUUCAUCUCAGAUGCUGCGCUCCAAGCUCAGAGAUCUACCGGCCGGAAUCUCCUGCAGACGAGAAAAUCUUGCUCUGUAAACUUUGAGUUCAUGAACUACACAAUCAUCACAAGCAAAUGCAAGGGACCCCUAUACCCGGCUAAGCUCUGCUGCGACGCUCUCAAAGACUUUGCAUGCCCUUAUGCAGAUGAGAUCAACGAUGUCACAAAUGAAUGUGCCUCGACUAUGUUCAGUUACAUAAACCUUUAUGGUAAAUAUCCUCCUGGCCUCUUUGCUAGCGAGUGCAAAGAAGAUAAAAUAGGGCUUGUUUGUCCUGCUGAGUCUCCAAAGGCGGCUCAGGAUGCUGAUGCCAGUGGUGCUUAUGUUACAAGGAUGAUCUUUCCUCAGAUUGGUCUUGUAUCGGCGCUUGUUCUAGGGUUUCUUUUCUCUUGAAGAUUGCUUGCAAAUGGAUAAUCAUUUGAUGGGUGACUUGACAUUUCAAUGUGUAUAUGUAUUGUGCUGAAACAAUUAUUUGGCAAUGAAAUUUAUUUUCAGAUUUGAUUUUUUUGGCUCA